GACAAAAUCAAGCCCACCAUUUUCGUCGCCAAUUAGCUUGGGACAUAUUCACAGAUUAUUCGCUAUGAAGGCCUACGUCAUCUUGGCUCUCUUCGUCCUGGGACAUUUGUGCCAUAUUCAAGCAGCCACGCUGAGCAAGCCAGCAACGAGCACGGACGACGCGAAGAAGCUGCUCACCGAGAGACUUUCCCAUUCCAUCAUGGAACACCGAGAAGAAAUUCUCGAAGCUCUCAAGGCAAUCGACAGCACAGGCGACGGAACAGAUGAGCAGAUCUUGCCAGCCCUACUUGUGCCCAUAAUUACGGCAAUUGCCGGCGGCGCUGUAUCCGGAGCUGUUGGAGCCGGUGUGGCGAUAGCCGUUCAGAAAGGCUGAAUGUAUCGUCCAUGGCAUCAUUUUCAGUACAAUAAAUUAUUCCACAUUUACAAU